AUGGAGCCAGCCGACUCAAACGUGCCCGAGGAGGAAAAAUCGAAAGACCCAAACUCGAAUCAGGAGGAGCCCAAAACGGGCUCCGCCUUUGACUUUCUCAACGAGCAACUGGACCAGGAGGAGGACCUCUCCAAGACGAAGCAGGCGCUCGACAGUCCGCAGGCGAAGGAGCUCAUCAACAAAUACGGCGAGAACCUGACCAUCUUCGCCCCGAACGACGAGGCCUUCGCCCAGGAGAAGGAGCCCGAUGAUGAGGAGUCGAAGGCGAACUUUCUGCGGAAUCACGUGGUCAUCGGCCAGCGAGUGCCCGUCUACCCGCAACCAUCUUCUGGCUCGAAUAAACCUCCCUCAUCUUCAGGGAACUCCUCUCCUCAGGUGCUUCGCGCGAACAUCGUCAUCAGCGGCGGCCCUCUGGUGCACGUCAUUGACCGCCUGAACAGUCGUCCCCUCGACUCUGCCUCGCUGUGCGACCUCCAGCCGGCAAUGGCCGCCAUGAUGGCCAUUCUCAACUCGGCCAACAUGAGAAGUGUUCUUAAUGAACGCUCCACCUUCUUCUGUCCAAGUAAUGAGGUGAUGGGCACGCUGGGCCUAGGCAGCGGCGGCAAUCCCGAUCCGGAGAUUAUCAAGCGCUUCAUCUCUGACCACCUGGUUCCAGGAACAGCAGGUGGCUGCACCGGUCGGCCCUACCUGAACGGCAACGGUCGACCGAUGAGCUGCUUCGAGGGCCGGAACAGUAUCGUCCUCAACGGGCGCAUCAUGCCCAAGAGGAAGGUGCCCACCGUUCGGGGAAUGGUCUUCAUCAUACCCAAUCUGGCGGUGGACGACGCAGAGUACCUUCCGCAGCUGCUCAAUCCCAGUCCUGAGGAGGAGGAUACACCACCUGAAGAGGAUCAGCCACCACCACCACCAAAGCCAAAACAAAAGCCAAAACAAAAGCCUAAAUCGAAGCCCAAGCCCAAGCCGAAGCCAACUGCAGCCCCACCACCGCCUUCUGAGGAGUCACCCGAGGAAAGUGCACCCGAGGAGUCGCCCAAAGAGCAGCAGCCGCCACCAGUGAAUAAGAAACCACCGAAGCCUAAGCCUCCGAAGUCAGCCCCAGCUGAGGAGGAGCCACCUCAGGAGGAGGACACUCCCAUUGAAGAGACACCGCCUGCCGAAGAGGAGGAACCAAAGGCUGAUGAGCCGAAGGAGCCAGAGUCGAAUACCGAUGAGCCACCACAGACUGAUGAACCGCCGCCACCACCUGAGGAGGAAGCACCUCAACCGAAAUCUCCUAAACAAAAAAAGCCCAAACCGAAGCCGACUCUAGCACCGCCUGCAGAGGAGGAAACACCGGAAACUCCACCAGCUGAGGAGACGCCCGAGGAGAAGGAGACUGAGGCACCUCCUGAGGAGGAUCAGCCGGAACCACCUCCGCCACCGCCUCCUUCAAAGCCCAAAAAGCCUAAACAGAAGCCGACCCCACCAGCACCCGAGGAAAGCUCCGAUUCUCCCCCUGAGGAUAAGCCUGCUGAAGAGGAGCCAUCAAAGGAGGAGGACCAGACUGAGGCCUCUCCGCCGGAAGAGCCAGCAGAUCAACCGCCACCUGAGGAGGAACAGCCCGAGGAACCGAAGCUCAAAUCACCAAAGAAGCCAAAGCAACAGCCGACACCAUCGCCAGAUGAGCCGGAAACUCCCGCACCCGAGGAGACACCUGAUGAGGAGCAGCCUCAGCCUGAGGAACCACCACCACCAUCACCCCCAAAAACUCCCAAACCAAAGAAGCCCAAGCAAAAGCCAACCCCUCCGCCUGAGGAAGCGGAAACUCCGCCGGAGGAAACUCCAGCUUCUGAAGAGCCCCCAUCAGAGGAUGAAACACCGCCACCACCACCACCUCCUGAGGAAGAGCAACCUCAGCCAAAGUCUCCCAAAGCGAAAAAGCCCAAGCAGAAGCCAACUCCAUCACCGUCUGCCGAGGAGACGCCAGAGGAGCCCCCUCAAUCGGACAGUACUGAGGCACCUUCUGAAGAGCCACCUUCAGAGGAGGAUCAACCACCACAACCACCCCCUAAAUCACCAAAACCAACUUUAUCACCCGAGGAGACUUCUGAGGAAGAACCAGAAACUCCAACUCCCGAAGAGCCUCAACCAGAGGAGCAGCCACCGCCGCCAAAAACUCCCAAACCAAAAAAGCCCAAACAGAAACCAACACCACCAGCACUUGAGGAGGAACCAGAAACUCCAACUCCCGAGGAAACUCCACCCGAAGAGCAGCCACCUCCUCCACAACCAUCUCCCAAACCAAAGAAACCCAAACAAAAGCCAACUCCAGCAUCGGAGGAGCCAGAGGACAGUCCUCCUGAGGAGACGCCUGAAGAGCAACCACCUCCACCUAAAUCUCCCAAACCAAAAAAGCCCAAACAAAAGCCAACACCAGAGCCAGAGGAAACUCCGUCCGAGGAGCAGCCCAAUGAUCAGCCACCUCCUGAAUCGCCUCCCUCUGACUCCUGUGUGAGUCCCCCUUGUGACCAACCAACACCCGCACCAGAGGACAGUCCACCUGAGGAGACGCCCGAAGAGCAGCCACCACCUUCACCGCCCAAAUCUCCCAAACCCAAAAAGCCAAAGCAAAGGCCAGCAACUCCAGCACUCGAGGAGACGCCUGAAGAAGAACCACAGUUUGAGGAUCAGCCACCACCACCUCCACCACCACCUAAAAAGCCAAAGAAGCCGAAGCAACCAAAAACGCCUAAAAAGCCAAAGAAGCCUAAGCAGAAGCCACCACCACCACCUCCACCAUCAUUACCUGAGGAGGAGCCCCCGGAAAGUCCUUCUGAAGAAGAGGAACCACCACCACCACCUCCUCCUCCAAAACCCUCAAAGAAGCCUCAACAAAAGCCAAAGAAGCCCAAGCAGAAGCCACCUCCACCACCUACAUCAGUACCUUCUGAGGAGGAGCCCCCGGAAAGCCCCUCUGAUGAUCAGGAGCAGCAGGUACCGCCAUCCAAUCCUGAAUCGUGCCCUAAUCCUCCCUGUGAACAGCCUCCAUCACCACCACCAUCACCUCCUUCUGAAUCCUGUCCCAAUCCUCCCUGUGAGCAACAACCUGAAUCGGAGCCCGAACCGGAGCGCAUCGAGCAGAAGCCCGAGUCGGACAGCGAGCCGUACAUGCCGCCCUUUGAGCCCAGCCAGCAGGUGCCCCUGCCCAGCAAGCCGACCCGAGAUCAGCUCCGCUCGGCCGUGCAGCAAUCGGCGAAGAAGCUCAACUGCGCCCGCUUCACCGACUGGCUGCUCAACUCGGGCGUCCUCGAUGAGCUGCUGAAGCGAUUCAAGGGCCGCAACUGCACCGUCUUCCUCCCCGUUGACAGUGCCUCCUCCAAGCUGCCCUUCAACAUGCUGCAAAGCAUGAACUCCAGUCCGCAGAAGCAGCCCUUCGUCAAUCGACACCUGAUCAAGGACCGCUCGGUGUACAGCAACUCCAUUCCCAUCACCCCCGAACAGGAGCUGGACCCCUCCUUCCGCGGACGCUCCUGUGAGCUACCCUCGGCGGCGGAGGAUCCGCUGCGCAUCAAGCGAACUUCUCAAUCGUUCUACGUGAACCGCGCCCACGUCGGCUACUCGGACAUUAGCUGCAACAACGGCGUCGCCCACAUUAUGAAUGACAUGUUUUAA